AUAAAUGCUACUCUUCGGCAUGUUUGUUUGAUUCAUGAGUAUGAACAAAAAUGUGAAAGUACAUUGGUAAACAAUAAUUAUACAUCGUGCACUUCACAAAUAUUACGAUACUGUUUCUCAACAAGGAGAUUCACCAAAAAUGCAUUGUUAUAUUCGGAAUGAUUGUAGUUAGCCAAUGCUUAUAUCAAUCAUUCAUUUUAACGUGCGAAUAAGUUCGUUACAAAAAUAAAAGCUGUGUGCGAGUCGUAGUGAAAUAUAUAAUAAUGUCAAAUUACUAAAAUAUAUAACAACUUAACCUAAUUCGAACAUCUUGUGAUCGUUAUUAACCUGAUUAGCGUCCAUUGUGAAACCUAUUUUUUGCACUUAAUGUUUUCUUCGUCGAAAUAUAGAUAAACAACAUUGAGUUUUAUUUUCUAUACAUUGUCUAUACUAUUUAUGCAAAACAUUAAAAUUGCAAUUAUAAUUUUAAUGUCUGUUAAAUUGUGAAACUGUUUCUACUUUUUUCAAUUACAUUGCUCUAUUAUGAGUGACAUGGAUCAGUUAGAGAAUCCAAGCAAUGAUAAACUUGGUUCAUAUUAUGCAUUAUUAGUUGCAUUGAAGACAAUGAAUGAACGUUGUAGGCAGUUAGAAACAAGAUUAACUACUGUCGAGGAAGAAAAUAUGUGUUUACGACUGGAAUGUGGUAAAGAUGAAUCUACGGCAAUAAUGAAAGUUCAUGAUAACAAUGAAAAAACUAUUGUACAAACCUUAAAGGAGAAAGUAGAAGAGCUUACAAAACAAAAGUCACAACUUACUCAUCAAAUUUGUAUGGUAGCAGCAGAAAAUCGUCAAUUAUGGAAUAGAUUAACAAAAUUAACGAGAACUAAUAAAUCAUUAGGAAAUCAAUUGACAAAAAUUUCCGACACCCUUAAACAACAUUCUCCAGCACAACCGUUGGAUCUUGUACCAUAUAAAUUACAUGAUAUUUCUCAGUCUGUUAAACAGGAAAAUGAUAAUGAACAAUUGACUGCAAAUAAUGGCGAGAGGGAACAAAGUUUAGAGGAAAUAUCAUUAAGACUUAUAAACAGCAUUAUGUUAGAAAAGUCUGAUCUUGAACAUCAAUAUGCAGAGAUGGUUGAAUUGCAAAACAAUACUGAAUUGAAUUUGCAAAAUGUUGGUUUCACUUAUCCAGAGGAUUCAGAUACAGAAUUAGAAUUAUUAAAACAACAUGAUAUUAGGUUGACACAAAUGAGAAAUACUUUGUUAGCACAACAAACAAAAUUAAAAAGAGCACUACAGCAUUUUAAAAAAAUGAAAGAAGGAGCGAUGUGUAAUAUUUGUCGCGUGAAUGCAAAUAAAAAGAUGUGUCAAGCAGGAACACAAUUUGAUUCUGACAAAAGCUUUAAAGAACAUGGCGCGACUCAAACUAGCCUGCAAACUACGAGUUUAUGUUUAGACAAAUGUUCGAAUUCGACAGACAAUACACGCGACAAUAAAAUUUGUCCAUUAUGUGGAUCUUUUUAUGGAAAAGUUACUUCGUUCUCAGAAUUCCAUGAACAUGUUUUGAGUCACUUUAAUAAUGAAUCGUCCGUAGAAGGUUUCGAAAUUAUUCAUUACUAGGUGUUCGAGAUAUGGGUAAAGAUUAUCAUUUAAUAUUUUCAAUUUUUUUGCAAGUUUCAUGUAUCUAUUUUGUAAACAAAAAGAAAAUAUAAAUAGUAUGUAUAUUGUGUGAAAGUGCGAUAACCUUGAUAAGAUUAGAAAUGUUUUUGAUUAUUGAAUAUUAUAAACUGUUGAUCAAGAUAAAAUUUAAUA